CAGUUGUAUCCCAACCACAAGUAAGAACGGCACCACGGUCGCGUUGUGGCGAUUAAAACGCAACAUUCAGGGACAUCUCCCUUAUUUUGACCUCCAAGGGACUCCUGACAGUGUUUGACACCAUGGCCUCCCUCCUCUUGAAGAACCUGGCCACCUCCCUGACUCGCCAAGUGGCCCACAUGAGCCGGUUCAAUCUGUGCGUCUCCUCACCAGCAGCCAGUGCCUACAGGAGUCUCUGCACCCUCACCACAGCUCCCCGCACACUGCUGCUGGCUCCAACCAGAACCAGCUCCAUCCAGCCCCCCUCGUCCGGCUCCUCUGCUCAGUGUGGAGCGUCUCUGUUGGGACAGUAUCAGCAUCUUCCCUGCAUCCAGCCCUCUGCAGGGAUGAAAACCAAGACGGCCCUAAAGAGGCGCUGCAAAGACUGUUAUUUUACUCGACGGAGGGGGCGUUUGUUUGUGUUGUGCAGGGCACAUCCAAGACACAAGCAGAGGCAGGGUUAAAAUGUUGAAGGAGUGUUGAGAAGAUUUUUUCUGGAAAUUUAGAAAAACUGUGAUGCAAAAUAAAUAGUUUGGCUGAACAAUGUGUAUAA